GCUGUUUGUGGCGGCAUGAACAUGGCAUUUCUCUCAACUUUACAAAGUGAGUGUGUCUGGUAGAAACGUGAUGAAUGUGGGCAGCUCGCUGGACUUUUUAUGGCUUCGCUGACUGCAGACAAUGAAACAGGUGGAGGCUGUCUGGGAGUGAUGGAGACAUUUUUCUGCGUGAAACAUGGAUUCGAGGUCAACUGAGAGGAAGACGAGUUAAAACAGUCAUGCCAGUUCUGGAGGUGGUCUGCAGCCUGGUGGGCUGGAUGUGUCUCUACAUGUCACUCUGCUACACGUUCUCCCAGCGGGGGCCCGAGUGGAGCUGCCGCCUGGUCACCCUGUCCCACGGGGUGGUCAUAGUGCUGCUGACAGGAUACGUCGUCUUCGUUGACGGACCCUGGCCCUUCACACAUGCAGGUACAGAAAACACGGAGCUGCAGAUAUUGGCUCUGGCCGUGUGCCUUGGCUACUUCAUGUUUGACAUCGGUUGGUGCGUGUGCUACCGCACCGAGGGCCCCGUCAUGAUGGCGCAUCAUGCCGCCAGCACUCUGGGCAUCCUGGUGGCCCUGGCCAUGGGAGAGUCCGGCUGCGAAACCUGCGGGGUUAUCUUCGGCAGCGAGAUCACCAACCCUCUGCUGCAGACCCGCUGGUUCCUCCGCAAGCUGGGCCUGUAUGAAAGCCUGCUGGGCGAUGCAGUGGACCUGCUUUUUAUCUUACUGUUCGCGACCGUGCGAGUGGGUGCUGGUACUGUGAUGUUUUACUGCGAGCUCACCUCUCCCAGGACUUCCCUGAUCAUGAAGCUUGGUGGUUCGGCGAUGUACGUCCUGGCAUGGGUGUUCAUGGUGGACAUCGCCAGAUUCGGCUACAGGAAAAGUAAGGCCAAGUAUAAAAAGUGGAUGGAGAACCACAUGCUUAAAGAAAACAACGCUGAAAAACUGGUUGAAUGUUCAGACAAGAGAGACUGAAGAAACGUGGUUGUCAACUCCAAGGCCUUUUAUACAAGGACUUUAAAGUUUUAACGGUGCUAUGUAAAGCAGCAUUUGUCAUAAAACGAUAAGCGAUCAUUCAUUCUGAAUAAGACACUUGCUUCUGUGGCUUUUUAAGAUCUUUCACUUUAUCUGCCAUCUUACUUUG